AUGUAUCAACCUCCACGAAUAGCCCUUGUAGGGGUCAAACGAAGCCUGCACGCUUUCCGGACCUCUAGAUCGUAUGCUUCGACUUCGGAACCCGUCCUUCGCACGGCCCUCUUCUUUCCUGGCCAUGGCGUCCAACGGAAAGGCAUGACGAGACCUUGGAUCGAAGCUUUCCCCCGAACCUGUAAACCUUUUUUAGAAGAGAUGGAUGAUAUAGUGCAUUGCAAGCUGUCCACCCUCAUCGAUGAAGGCCCCAUCCUGCAGCUCGACAAGGCGGAAAACGCCCAGCCUGCAAUAAUGGCUGUAUCCAUAAUGAUCCUGAAGGUCCUCGAGCAAGAGUUCGGUUUCAAGACGGAGCAAGUGAUCGACGUCACCUUGGGACACAGCCUGGGGGAGUAUGCAGCACUGGUGGCUGCUGGGAAUCUGGAGUAUGCAUAUGCUCUCGACCUGGUCCGAAGGCGCGGCGACGUCAUGGGAGAAUGCACAAGGAAAGCAAAAGAAGAAUCGGGUGAGGAUUUCGGCAUGAUUGCCCUAGUUUGCGAGCCAGGACAAUUGGACUCGCUGAUAGCAGCUGUCAGAGAAUUCCUCAGCCAGGGCUCUGAAGGUGCAAAGGACGAUUCCAGCGCUCUCCCUGCUUUCCAACAAAUCUCCAUCGCCAACGUCAAUUCCAAGAACCAAAUAGUACUCAGUGGUAGCUUCCAGCGGAUACGAAAUCUGCUGGUCCACAUACGAGAGUUUGGCGGGCAUGAUCCUCGAGCCGUGGAGUUGAAGUCCCGUUCAGCCUUCCACAGUCCGAUCAUGAUGCCAGCAUACGAAUUCAUGAAAAAGGCUCUGACCGCGGACAAGGUGACGUUUCCCGGCCGUGUCCCUUGCAUCAGCAAUGUCACUGCUAGGCCGUUCAGGUCGAAAGACGACCUCAUGCAAAAUCUCGCAAGGCAAGCCGUCGACACAAUCCUCUGGUGGGACUCGAUCAAGUAUCUGGAUCAGCAAGCUGGAUGCCGCCGAUGGCUCGGUGUUGGGCCUGGAAAGGUUGGCCGCAAUCUUGUCUCGAAAGAAGUUGGCCGUUCUUCCGCGAAAGGGGGAGGAGUGUGGUCCAUCACAGAACCGCAUGAGAUUGAAGAAACCCUGCGAGGAUUGGAGGCUACUGCGAAAGAAGAAGACAAAUAA